UCAUUUGUUAGGGUUUUCUAAUACAACCAGUGAGAAAAAUACAUCACCAAUGAACUGAUACCAGCUAUUACAACACAAGAGACUUUUCUAACAAAGAAUAGAUAAACCGGCUGAACGCAAGACUAGCAAACAUGAACUAACCCAACAAGUGAGUGGGCGAACUGUUAACAUAGAUAUUUCGACAACAUCGUUGUUCAAUUAGUCAACAGCGCAGUUAAUGUCAGACUCAACAUGUUACUGUAACUACUGGUCAUUUUCUAUGUGUAACCAGACCACUGCAUCGGAUUAGUGAAUAUUCUAGUUGACCCAUGCGCGUCUAGUCCCAUCUGUGAGAUGAAACUUGGAAAGAGCACAGGAAAAGACAAUACAGUCAUUAUGUAAGGUGCACAGGUUUACUGUGAUGCCAUGUAAACCAAUGUUGUGGGCUUUGUUGUUAAAAUGAAUAUAUAUAUUCUGUGUGUAAUUUCCUUUGCAAGUGGGGCUAUAAGAGACGUGAAACAAACGCAGACUAUCACUGUAAAACCAUUGACUACAACUGAAAAGGAAAUUCCAGAGAAUGAGUGUGUUAAGGAACUAUGUUUGACUUUAUGCCAUAAUGAUGGUGAGUGCAUCACAAAUCCUAGCACGUGCAAAACAAAAUGCGCAUGCGCAAAAGGCUAUCAUGGCGAAAUGUGUCAGUAUAGGUCUGACAAAAGAAAUAAUAGUGAAGAUCAUGAUAAGAAAGAUCGGAAUGUAUUAAAAUCUGAGAUAUCUUCGUCUGACUGUUCAGGUCAAGCGUGCAUACACGGCGAAUGUGUAUCUGCACCUUUUGGAACAACACGUUGCCAUUGUUACGAUGGCUGGUUUGGAGCUAACUGUGGUACAUCCGGCGCUGUGAUAGAUGAUGACUUUCUCAAAGCAAUGAUGAAUAAAGAUGGAAAAUUAGUUGUCACAGAAACCAAAGAACGUUUUCAUACCCCAGAAGGAGAUAGACAUCUAAAAAGUAUGACUGAAUCAGCCGAUGUUGAUGAUAUUCUCAAGGCAGUAAUAAAAAAUUCGACAAGAACGCUACCACGAAAAGAAAACAAGGCACGCUUACAAAUUCCGGAGAAAGAAGCGUCCGUGGAAAGUAAGUCAGUGGAAGUAAACAGUACUGGGGCAGCAGAUAACAACACUGUUACUGAAGAUAUCCUCAAUGCAAAGUACAACGUGUGUACCGAGGAUGCAGCAGAAAGGACCGAUGAAGAAAGAACAUGUCAAACUGCUAGAGACAUGAAAUGUAUUUACGGUGUCUGUAAUGAAACACUCACAGACCAUGGUAGCUGGAAGGGAUAUACAACAGUAUGCAACUGUGAUAUUGGAGCGAGAGGUACACACUGUGAGCAUAAAUGCUGCUUAGAUUGUGGCGAGAAUGGGAAAUGUGACGUUCAAGUUGAUGGAGACAACGUGACGGAACACUGCAACUGUAGAAAUCGUUAUACCGGAUUCUUUUGUGAGAUAUACGUCCCAGAUCCCGUCAGUAUACAGAUCAAGGAAGACACAUGGUAUUUAUGGGUUGUGGGUGUUUGCGUUGGUACUUUCGCAAUACUUGUUACCCUAGCCGUCGCGGGCCCAUACUUCAUGUGGAAGCACAGGGUUAUACUCGUCAUGAAAAUAGUCCACUAUUUCCAAGCGUACGAAGAUGACGAUGAGAAGGAAUGGGACGCGUUCGUUUCCUACAAGUCUCACCCUACAGAUGAAAACUUCGUUGUACGAGUGCUCUAUCCAAAACUGGAGAAGGAACUAGGGUUCAAACUCUGUCUACAUUUUAGGGAUUUCGUGCCUGGAGAAACGAUUUCAAACAACAUCAUAAACGCUGUUGAAGGAUCAAGGCGAACCAUUCUUAUUCUUACUCCAAGAUACGUUGAGAGUGAAUUCACAAGGUUUGAAUACCAAAAAGCUCAAACAGAAAUGUUAAAGAGAAAACACCGAAUCAUUCCGAUUAUGUUAGAAGACAUUUCAGAAAUGUCAGACAUAGAUAAAAACUUGAAAGGGAUAAUCGGUUCCGUGACUUACCUGGAAUGGCCAGGUAGUGAUGAAAGCACAAACAGUUCCAAGAAACUUGACAAAUUUUGGAAACGAUUGCAGUUGUCCCUUCCUAAAAAGAAAGUCAGUGACUGUGAAAAGAGCGUGAGUCGUUCGAGUCCGCCCAUAGUGAGUUCAUUCACCUCGCCUAGUAAAGAGGUUAUUAUCCCAAGUGACAGAGAUUCUGGAUUUAAAAGUUCAAUAAAUUCGUAUACAAGCAGAAGUAGCACAGCAAGUGAAACAAUAGAUAAUUGGUGGUGUAGUGACAGUACAUACGCACGUAUUGGUGAUAUCUGCGAAGACCUGGGUGAGUCUGUUAAACCAUUAUCAGAGGAAGAAGAAUUAGAACUUAUUGCAAGAGGAACACAACAGAAAGUUGAUAGACUAACAUAUGAUUACGUGGACAUAGUACAUAAUUGCCAUAGUAAGCCAGAUGUUAAUCCGCCAUCUGCAAGACUGUCUAAGAAAGAGCUACCGGACAAUUAUAUAGAGUUUGAAUUAGAAGAUAAUACCUCGUCAGCUAACGUCAUAAGGAAAGAGUUACCGGAAAAUUACAUUGAAUUUGAAUUGGAAGAUAACUUGCAGUCAGCUAACAUUACUAAGAAAGAGCUACCAGAAAACUACAUUGAAUUUACAUCAGAAAAUAACCCUACGUCGGCCAGUAUUGUUAAGAAAGAGCUACCGGAAAACUAUAUUGAAUUUACAUCGGAAAAUAACUCUACGUCGGCCAGUAUUAUUAAGAAAGAGCUACCGGAAAACUACAUUGAAUUUACACCAGAAAAUAACUCUACGUCGGCCAGUAUUACUAAGAAAGAGCUACCAGAAAACUAUAUUGAAUUUUCAUUAGAAGAUAACCUAACGGUGGUUAAUGUUGUUAAGAAAGAGCUACCGGAAAACUAUAUUGAAUUUUCUUUAGAAGAGAACCCUACGUCGGCAAAUAUUGUUAUGAAAGAGCUACCGGAAAACUAUAUUGAAUUUAAAUUAGAAGAGAGUUCACCGUUAGCGAGUCCGUCGAAAGAAGAGCUACCGGAAAACUAUAUAGAAUUUAAGGUUGAAGAUAACCCACCGUCAGGAAGUUUGUCAAGGACAAAAUUUCCCGUAAUACAGUUAUACACUGAAGAUUAUAUUGAAAUAGAUGUGUAGGCAGAAAAAGGUUUAUGUAAAACAUGAAAGUUUUAUCCUUCCUGUGUUCUAUUGACCAAGGCAACUGGCAUUCAUGCGGAGAAAAAAGAUGGCACGAAAACGUGAAACCCUUAAACAAUUAUCAGAAGAGGAAACAGAAGUGAUGGAAGUUUGGGCAAAUCUAAGUCAGGAUGUUCAUUUUUUUUUUUUUUUGAUAAACAGUAGUUCAGCUGUGAAACGGCGGUCAGUUAAACCUGACUAGAGUUCCUGGAUUCUUUACUUGUAACAGCACUAGCAUCAUGUAAUUUAGACAAUGACUGUUACGUACAGACAAAUAACAGAUACUAUCUAAAGGCAAAAGGGCGGCGAUUUCGGGCAGAGGGGCGGCGCUAAAAAUGGGCAGGGCGCUGCGCCCUGUUAUUCCGCUCUAGAAAAAUCUCAGUUAUAGUUAUGUUGAUAUGGAAGAUGUCAUACUAUUGUACAUAUGCCUAAUAACAAAUACAAUAAAAUAUUAUUAAAUUAAUGGAAGAUGUCCGCUAUAUUUAGUUUAAAUGGGAGGUAAUUCCCCGCAAUAGUCCCUAAAAUGUUGCAAACUGGUGUUUAUAGUCAGUUUAAUGUGUAGAUAUAUAGGUACAAGUAAUAAAGUGUCAAAAUGCUA